AUGGGGUGUUGCGGGAAGCCAGGAAAGGUUCGUCCCACGACCAAGGAGACGAUUGUUCCUCAAAAGGAGGCGGCUUCUCGAUCUGAGGCGGCCCCGCGAACGAAGGGUGUUAAGUCGAAGUCGGAGGUUGCUGCUAUUCAACCGGAGAUUGCACUUCGGCCUGGAAAAACGGAAAAGAAGCACCCUCGACGACGGCUUAGUGUCAACGCUCCUGGCAUGAACGGCGAGACGGUCAGCACGGGCUUUGACAAAGCCGAAGAGUUCAGUCCCCCUGCCCGUACCCCUACCCCGCGUAUACUUACCCCACGUAUCUCUGCCCCACGAACGACCGAACCUGCUGCCAUUCAGCGUGCCGAUGCCUUCGGACCAGUGGCCAGAGACGAAGAGUACGCAGUAGGUAAGCUGAUGGCGGAGGAUUGCAGCACAGCCAGCGAGAUAGACUCCCAAGAGUCCGAGCACCACGACGAUGACGACCUGCACAACGAAGCAGCUCAAGAGAUCUUGCUCAGCUCCCUGGGCAGUUCGCUGGAAGAGUCACCCGCAGUCCAGGACACGGGCUCUUUGCCGACAGACGCUUCCUCUGAUCCUGUCGCGACUGUCAGCGAGACUGCCAGCGAGACUGUCAGUCUGACUGGCAGCAAGAUUUCUGUGGACGACUCUGUGGAGGCAGCAAUGGACGUUGCGGUAACCAAGGUCAUCGACGCUCAGGUUGACCACAGCGAACGGAGUGAGCGCUCGAUUGAACUUCACCACGGGGAGGCUGAACUUCCUACACUAAGCGUCACUGAAGAGACCACCGCGGAACACGUGUAUGUGGUGGAAGGCGCCCACGCGCCCUCGUUGCUCAACUGUUGCAUUUUUGGAGUGGUAGAUAAAUUCAAAAAACGCCCACGUUAA